AUGAAACCUGCAUCGACAUCCGAGAGGAAUGAAACCAAGACACCCGACACCUUUGAUCUAACCGAGAAGGUUGGAUACGAUGAUUUUUUACAGGCAUCUCUGCCCGAAGAGAUAAUAUUCCCGGAGGAAUUGAACAGAUUUUUACGGGAUCAAAUUCGGGACUUGUCAAGCGAGAACGGAUGUCUGCGACGCGCGCUCGAAGAGUGCGAAGAGAAGCUGCAAUCACACAUCCGAAAAGCAAAUUCGCAAGUCACUUUAAGCUCGGGUCUAGCGGGGGAAAUAGCAGCGUCUAAGAUUGUCGAGCUGAGUAAAAAGUGCCGGGAGCAAACGGCCGAGGUUGAAGUGCUAAAAACGAGGUGCAAGACCCUGGAGUCGAAGCUCGCUGAGAAUGAGAAAGAACCGCGGAAGAAUUCGGAAAAUUUGGAAGUCGUUCGUCGGACCUCUCGCAGCGAUUCGCGGAGCGACGAGAUAAAACGGCCGUUGACCAUCGAGGAGGAGAUGAAGAAUCGCGAAGAGCAGAUAAAGACGCUUCAGGAUAAACUUCAGCAGGUUAGUUCGAAGCUGUACGAGUCUAAGAACACCUGCACUUCGCUCAGGCAAGAAUUGAACAAGGCUCAGAAGUUAUUAUGUAGCGAGGUGGGCGAAAACGUGACGAUUUCCAGUCUGUCGUCCCAUCAAAGCGGUUGGAGAGGUCGAGCCGAGCAGAUUCAGCAGUUGCAUCAAAGGAUUGCUGAGCUUCAGAUGAAGCUGAGCGAGUCGGACGGAACUUGCCGAGGAACUGCGAGCGGGACAACGACCACGUCAACGGCUGACAAAAGGCAGAUAACGAAUCUGCGAAACAUGGAAAAAGAGCGAAGACAGAGAGCCGAGGAAUCUGCGAGGGAAUUGCGCCAGAUGAGCGUGGCUCUCGAAGCUUCGAGGCGAAAACAGGACGCUGCCAAGGCGCGGAUAAAGGUCUUGGAAAACGAUUUGACGAACGCCAAGCAGAGCGUAGCGCUCCUCAACGAGAAAAGAUCCCACGACGAUCACUUGAUACAGGCACUGAACGGACGGCUCAAAACCGUAGAGGAUAAAUUUCGGGAACGGGAAAGAGAGACGCUCGUCGCUAAGGAGAGGGCGGAAAAUGAGUGCGUGAAAAUGUCCGACGAGGUGAAAAGACUGCAAGCGAGCAACGAGCACUUGAGGAGAAUCAUCGACGAGAGGGAAACUGAGAUCGACGCGUUGAGGAACGAGUCCGGCUGCAAAGGGGAUGGAAAAUUCUUGCCCCUCUCGCGGGGAAGCAAGAGCAUCAGUCCCGCGGGCACCUCCAGAUCCAGGACAAACGGUGAUUACAACGAAUACGUGACCCUUGGUUUGGCCGCGGAAGCGGAAAGAGAACGUCUCAUGGAGCUGGUCGCGGUUUUGAACAGACGUCUCGACGAGGAGCGAUUCGCGACGGACGGUAUAGCGGAGACGCUGAGAAUGGAGCGGAGCAAACUGGCUAGGCUGGAAACGAAACUGCAACGAAUGGAAUUGGACAGAUUCGGUCUGAGCAAAGUGAACAGCGGAUACAAACCGCGUUCGUUAAAAUCAUCGACGAUUUCCGGUGGGAGUCGAGAAGAAAUUGCGAACGAUGAAACGCGUUUCAAAAUGGAGCUACUCGAGGAAGAAUGUCUCGCUCUGAAGACGAGAUUGGCUACCGUGCAGCGCGAUAAGGCCGCGGAUCUCGCUACUUACAAACAGAUGUUGGAUCAAGCAAGAAAAACUUUCCAAGACGCCUACAGAUUUAUUCCAUCAAUAUAAAGCGUACGGAAAAGAGAUGGAGCGAAA